AACUACAGCAAAAUGGAGAAUUUGAAAGCAAAGGCCAGGUCAAGGAGAAAACUGGUCGAAGAUUUACACCGAAAGAGCCACUUUGAAAUUCACGAGGUUGAGCUUUUACUCAAAUUGCAUCAGAGAAAUGCAGAUACACCCGGAAAAUCUGACAAACCAAAAAUUGACCGACAAAAAUUUGCAGAUAUUCUGUAUGAGGAAUUUAAAUUGACAGAUGAUGUCUUAAAUGAUCGUAUUUUCCGAGCAUUUGACGUCGAUGCAGAUGGUUAUUUGAGUGAGGAAGAAUGGGUUCUUGGCCUCUCCACAUUUUUGAAAGGAUCUAUAGAAGAAAAAUUGAAAUAUACAUUCAAAGUGUAUGACCAGAAUGCUGAUGGCUUUAUAUCAAGAGAAGAAAUGUUCCAGUUUCUGAAGAAUUCAAUCAUAACACAACAAACAGAAGAAGACCCUGAUGAAGGAAUCAAGGAGCUGAUAGAAGUUAUACUGAAGUUAGCGGACUGUGAUCAUGAUUCCAAGCUGUCAUUGAAGGACUAUGAACAGACCAUUUUAGAAGAAAAUUUGUUACUUGAACUGUUAGGACCAUGUCUACCAUUACCAAAGUACACAAAUAAAUUCCUGUCAUCGAUUGGGUGUGAUGUGACACCACUAGUGUGAAUUCUGAGCCAAUAAGGAUCAGAGUAAUGUUUACCAUGGAGCAAUAUUGUGAAAAAAUGACAAAUUUAUUAUACUUCACAUUUUUGAAAGUAGUAGAAGGUUGUUGUAUAACUACCUUAUGCUUUUACUGGAGACUAAUUACUUAUCUUUCUAACUUAUCAACUGGUGAAUAAUUAUGAUUUGUCAAAAUUAUAUUAAUUGAUUUUGUUCAAUUAACGGUUAAAAAGCAGCUGUCAGAAUGAUUUUUUUUUUGAUGAAUGGAUUUGAUUUCAUGCUUUCGAAAUCAUACAUAAUUUUUCAAUGGCUGGGACUGAUAAU